GCAAACCCCACUGUGACAAAGAGAAACUCGAGAACCUUUAGAGUGAACGAACCAACACCAAAACCUUUUUUUUCGUUUAUUCUCAUCUGCAGCAGCUGGUUUACAAGCCGUUCAUCAUGCCGUCUGGUGCGAAGAAGAGAAAGGCCUUGAAGAAGAAGAAGGAGCUGGAAGCUUUUGGAGCCUGUCCAAGCAACAAAGGUUUACUGAACAUCUCAGGGUAUGAUGAACAUGGAAGCCAAGAUGAGGGAGAAAGUGAUGGAAAUUUGAGUUCCUCUUGUUCUCAAGGAAAUGGGGAAUUUUGGACAAGAGAUCCAUCACCUUCUCCCUUAUCUGGUCUAGGGAAAAGCACUGUCAAAGAGAAAACAGAAGAUGCAAACGCUCCUCAAGGACAAGAAGCGAUAGAUGAAGGCUUUACAGCACUUGGACGAGGAACAGGCCAAGAGGAGAAUGGUGUGGACAAAAGCAAGCAAGUUGAAAUUUCGGAUUCUGUCCAGCAUAAGUCUGAUGAAAGUGAAGAGAAGCAUAGACCAGAAGAAGCAAAGGAGGGUAGCAUUCCAGUAUCUGAAGUGCCAGAAACAAGCAAAGAUGUCAAGAGUGUGAAAGAAUCUGAAGUGCCAGAAUGUUCUCAAGAGAAGAGUCUUUUGCUUUCUGGUCCACCAGUUGUUCGAACCUCGUGGCUAAGUUGCUGCGGUUUGUUUGAUGUGAUGGCAGGCUCUGGAAGAUAAAUUACAGGCAAGUAUUAGCCAAGACUUACUUGGCUACUGUUGAUAUACCUAGCACUGUGUCCGAAAUUUUGUUUGCUCACAGAACCGCCUACGGGUCCAAUGAUUAGAUUUUAUAGUAUUUGAUUAUUUGCUAUUGUGAUUCAUGACUUCUAGUGUGGUGAUGAAGAACAUGAGUAAAAUAUUCAACAAUGAGUGGACAUCAGAAGCUCAAAUAACAGCCUUUGCUAGAUAAUUAUUUUAACAAGAUAUGUCAUCUGUUCAUGUCAAG